AUGAUUUUAGUGAACACGAAGAGAAGCGUUGCGGAUGCAAGCACGAACCGGACCAAUUUCACGACGAAGCAAUUGACUGAGUUGGAGAAGGAGUUCCACACUAACCGCUACCUCAGCCGUGCCCGGCGCUUGGAGAUCGCCAGCCAGUUGGGCCUGAAAGAAUCGCAGGUGAAGAUCUGGUUUCAAAACCGCCGGAUGAAGCAGAAGAAACACCUAAAGGAACAAGCUCAGCCUUACAGUACCACCGCUACCUCCGGGUUCUGCGUCAGCCUACCGGUUGAGGACGGUUCGUCGCCUGUCCUCCAGAUACCGUCUUCCGGUAACGGCGGCAAUGACACGGCGAAGAUUUGUCAAAGCGAUACUUUCAAUUUCAUUAAGCUGUAG